AUGUCCCAGUACAGUCUUAUGGCUUGCAACACCGCUUGUCGGUCGGAUGUGCCAGAUGCCUUGAAGUACUCGGGGAGACAGGUCCCACGUGCUAAACCUCUUUCAUCUGAAUCAUCACUAUCAUCUUCAGGUGUUUCGUUUGAAGAUACAGUUUCAGAUAUCUCCCAUUUUACAAAUAAUUUAAAGAGAUUUACAGGGGAGGCAUGCAGCGAGUUGUCGUAUACCCAUUCGUCUUCAAGCGGUUUCAUCACCACACGAGACGAUGGCAUCACGUCGUCGCUCCACUCGACAUCAACAGACCCACAAAUGUUCGUCUGGAAACAUGAGCCCAUUGCAUCCGUGUUCAGAGAGGCCUCAAAAACCGAGCUUCCUCGACCAAUGUAUUCACAAGUCGCUCUUCGAAAAUCUUUUUUACCAUACACAGAGUCUUCACAGUAUGAUGAUGAUGACGAAGAAGAAAAUGCUAUGUCUAAGAGUCAUACCCAUUUUUCAACGGUGCACUUUAAACCAAUUGUGUCGUGCCAAUCGAAAGUUGUCGCAUCUAUCUCCGAUCGUCCGUUUGCCGGUAGCGGUGUCAUCCCGAGGCUAGAGAGCCCACCUCCGCUGGAACCGAGGUUGGACGAACAGUUGACGCUGUCUGUAUCCAAUUUCCUCCUCAACCUGGAAACAUCAUCACCACAGCAGGUCAGCUCUAAGGGUUUCACAGAUACGUCUGUGGAGAAACAAAAUCAUCACGAGUACACGGGAUGCUUUCGGGCUUUUCUUCGAUUCUUUAUGAAAGACAAGGAUUCAGUGUCUUGUCAAGCCGCGGAGGAGCCCCAGUGGGAAUGGCCACCAUCGGAGAUUCUCGAUCUUCAGUAUGUUGGCUCAGGUGCACAGGGAUCGGUCUACAAGGCAAAUCUGAGGGGUCGCGUCAUUGCUGUGAAGAAAGUAAGCAAACAGUCGGAGACGGAAAUUCGACAUCUGCGGGGCCUCUGCCAUCCUAACGUCGUUCAGUUCCUCGGAGUUUCCAUUGAUGGACCUUGGUAUUCUAUACUCAUGGAGUACUGCCCGAAUGGCACCUUCUUCGAGCUCCUCCACAACAACCCUCCAGUGAGCACUGACAACAUAAUUGAUUGGACCCAGCAAAUUGCCCAAGGAAUGAAUUACCUCCAUAGCCACAAAGUUGUUCAUCGGGAUCUAAAGUCUCCGAACAUCUUGAUAAGUGAAGGCGGAAAGCUGAAGAUAUCUGAUUUCGGGGUUUCCAAAGAAUUUACUGAAAACUCGACCAAAAUGUCCUUCGCCGGUACUGUCGCCUGGAUGGCACCCGAAAUUAUGCGUGGCGAGCCUUGCUCUUUCAAGGUUGAUGUCUGGUCGUUUGGUGUAAUUGUAUGGGAGAUAUUAACCUCUGAGGUGCCCUUCAAUGGCGUUGAUUGUGGAGCCAUCAUAUACGGGAUUGCAAGCAACCUGUUCAGUCUCCCCAUCCCCACUGCCUGUCCCACUGAGUUUCGCGUGCUCAUGAAGCGAUGCUGGUCUCCCAAACCGAGAAAUCGGCCUAGUUUUCCUCAAAUUCUUUCUCAGCUCGAAUUGGCCUGCAAUGAAUUGCUCCAAUGGAAAGAUGAAAAUUUCACCAAUCUGCGUGAAUUAUGGCAAGAAGAAAUUCACCUACAACUGAUGGACCUUCUAAAGGAGGGUUCACGAGCACCGAAGCUGGAAAUUUCGCUGAUGCGCCAACGAAGGCAGGAGCUGAAGGACGCACAGAGCAUUCGCCAGAACUACGAAGAAAAAUUGCACCGAGUAAAUCAGUUGUGCAGCCACCUAAAGGCCCUUACGGAGGAACUUGAAAGAGAACAACAGAGAGUGACCCAGGAGCGGAAUCGUUACAGGCGCCUGAUAUAUGAGCGGAGUCGCAGCAACACACCGUUCAUCGUGGAGAACUUUGCCAAAAAACCUCCUCCCGUGAGGAGUAGUCGACGCUCCCAAUUGAAGGAGUGCCAAAAGAAGGGCGCAGAGAAGAAAUUCACCUGCAAAAAUUGUGGCACCGUAAAUGUCUCCAGCCUUUCUGCCGAUCACUCUCCGUCUCGGCCAAAAGUUGACGAGCAGCCCUCACGAUGGGGAAGCAAACAGCCCGUGACUGGGCACAAUCCUCGAUGGCUCCGUGUUUGGUAUGCUGCAACGCGCUCAAAACUUUUAGAGAACGCCUCUCUGAUGAAAGUCAAAUUGAGACGAUUCGCUAGUGUUGGUGACAUACACGCCGAUGCUCAAGAGAAGAGGAAUGGUGCUUGCUGCAAAUCGAUCAAUGUUACUUCUGGGAAUAAGGCGAUGGAUCAUAAUAACAUGCUAUUCCAAGCACGACCACUUGAUUCAGAGGUAGAGGAACAAGUCGGUGUUGAAAACUCACCAAAUAGCGAUCAGAACGAUGCUGUUAUUCAGAACAAUCCUGAGACCAUCGUGUCCGUCUCCCGUUUUUCUGCUUCUCGAGACAACUUAUGUCAACGUGUGCAAGAGCGGCCAAAACAGUUAGUGUUAAGACGAAGUUCGUGGUGCUCCAGUAAUCCUACACCGGAUGUAUCUCAAUCGCUCACCACUGUAAACGCCCAUUAUUCUUCUACGCUCCAGAAUUUACGAGGGCCAACGCUGAGUGUAUCGCUUCGCUCCUCACCGCGUCUUCGCCAGCAGCCCGGGAGACGUCACUGCCGCCCUCCGCCGCUGCUCCCGUCGUCUCGGUUACCCGUUCUUCUUCCUCCACCACCGUCUCCAGCGGCGGUUUCAGUAACACUCGCUCCACCUUCGUCUACCGCCAGUGCCACAUCACACUCCGUUGCCUUGGCCCUUUCUGUAGACACGACUACUGUUAACUCCUCCAUCUCCACUUCCCCCAGCAUCACCACCUCCCAGAUGCGACGUAGCAUCGAGAAUCUGGCGAUGGAGUUGACGGACCACAUCGCGGAUAGCCUGUCGGAGAAGGAGAGACGUGUGGACGUGAUCAAGCGCCAGCUCCUAAAGGCAGCCUGUGACCGACAGCGGUGCUUGCCUGUGCAUAGCGUCGCUUUAUUCGACGGCGGCGACGAUAACCGAUCACUGGGAAGGGCGGAAGUGGAUGGCGGUGCAACAGCGACGUCUAGCGGUUUUUGUGGUGGUGGUGGUAGUGGUGGAAGAGAGCUGUUUGGCCUCGAAAAACCCUGGCUCAGUGCUGCCGACCUCAGAUUUAAGGUUAAUGGAGCCUCCAUGGACGCUUCCAGUAUCUUAGAUACCGAAUCCAUACCAACAGAUUCUGAUACAGAUGUUCAUUGA